AUGGCGUCCCGAAAGAAACAGAAUACUUCUCGCAAGAAGGACGGCAUCCACUUCGUCAACGCCCGACCCUCCUCCGAGACUGAGCGCCUGAAAGCGCAACGCCUGGUACGAGCCCACGUCGGCCGCUGGAUCUCCGACCAGACCAAGGACCGCUCGACUGCCCUCGAAGCCGCCAACACAAACCGCGUGCCUCGCCCCGUCCGCGACUCCAUCUCGCCUUUGUCCAGUGACCUCGCCGGUCCUUCAACCUUUGCCUUUGUCUCGCACCCUUCCUAUUCGCCUCAUCGCGCAAGUGCCAUCGGCCCCGUCCUCCGUCGCUUCGAGGACCGCCGUCGAGAAUGGCAGGGCUCGCCGUUCCCGCCGUCGCAUGCGAGCGAUAGUAGCGACAGCAGUGACGACGCCAGUUCCGUCGCGGCAUACUCGGGCGAACCCUUGGCCGUGAUCCCCUGGGAAAGUUCCCGGAUCGAACCUCUCAUUACCGGCGUCUUUGAUCCCUUCUGCACAUAUCCGUCCUCUUUCUCGCCGGAGGUCGUAAAUCUUUGCGAGCAAUACUGCCUUUCUGUCCUCUGGCCGGGACUCAUUCCGACCCGACCACACCUGAAGGAGGCCGGAGAACUGUGGUUCCCCCUGUCUCUUUCCGAUCCCGCUCUCUUCACGGCCUUCAUGUUCGGCUCGCUGUGUCACCAGCGGGUCCAGUGGUUAAAUCACUGGGUGCCCGACGGUGCUUGGGGCCCUAAACAUGAGCGCGUGUUACAGUUGUGUGAGAUGGAGUCGAUCAAGUUGAUCAAUCAGGCGGUUCGGGAUCCCUCACGCGCGGUUAGCGAUGCGGUGCUACUCAGUGUUAUCUGCAUGGCGCAUCAUCAGCCGGAGAACGAAAAACGUCAGCGACAUCGGAAGACCCCGUUCAGCCCUCCUCUCCAGCGCUUGCAGUGGAUCGAUGUGUAUGGAUGUCUGCCACCCAACCUGAUCCAUAUUCGUGGUUUGGUCCAGUUGGUCCGGUUGCGGGGUGGCUUGGAGAAUAUCAAGUUCACCGGGCUGCCCGCGAUGAUUAGCUUGUUCGUUCCUUUUGUCACCCUCAUGUUGAGCUCUGCUAACCUUACCAGCUCGGACAUUUUCACUGCCGCCAUCUUCUGCACCCGCCCGGGAUUCGCUUUCUGGCCCCUCGACACAAGCCGCAAUGGCAUCACCGUUCAGGAGUUAUUAGGGUUCGGACCUUCCGACAUUGAGCACGGUUUCGGCCAACUCCAGGACAUCGGUGUCACACCUCAAAUGGCAGAAGCAUUCCAAGCCGCUUUCAACUAUAUCAACAUCGUCAGAGCCGGUCUAGCAAACGGCUACGAUGCCUCACUACUCGCCGACCAACGAAACCUUACCGAACACACUCUCCUCUCCCUUAUGCCCGCCUCAGAGAUCCCGACCUCCUUCUCAUAUCCCACGCAAGCUACCACUUAUGAAAUCUGCCGCCUCGCCGCGUUGAUCUUCGGCGUCGGCGUCAUGUUCCCUAUCCCCGCUCAAAACACCCCCCUCAAGAGCCUGGCACAACAGAUCCAGUCUCUUCUCCGCGACCCCACCUCCUCAGCCAUGUGGUCCACACCCGCCAACCGCAUCCCCCUGAUCUGGGCCCUCACCCUAGGCGGCAUCGCAGCCACUGAUACCCCAGAACGAUCGUUCUUCGUCUCGGGACUCGGUGAGACCGCUCGUCGCAGCGGCUUGACUUCUUGGCCAAGCGUCAAACGUGCCCUAGAGAUAAUGCUCUGGUACGACGAGGCCUGCGACGAGGCAGCAGAACUGCUAUGGCUCGAAGCCAAUUCCAGCCCGAUCUUGCGCCCGGUCGAAUGA